UAUGGUCAAAGAGAGAGAAAAGUUUGUCUGUGUAUGCAUCCCUGUGUGUAUGUGCUUCUGAUUUGGCCUUUGGUUUGUGAUUUUCACUGCAAUUUUUGGUUUCUGGGAAUGCUGGUUGGGAGGAGAGUGAUGAGCUGGAGAAGGCUGGCAAAUUCUCUCAAAGCUCUGCUAGCUCAUGCCAUGCUUUUUUUCUUCAUUCUUUUGCUUGUUCUCAAGCUUGAUCAUCAACUCCAUCAUUCAUGGUGGAUCAUAUUUUCACCUCUAUGGAUCUUUCAUGCUAUUGUAGUGCGAAGCAGGUUUUCCUUGCCUGCUCCUUUGAUGCCUCAUGAUCGCCGUUGGGCUCCCAGUCAUGCCAUCUUGGCGAUGCCAUUACUUGUUGCUUUUGAGCUACUUCUAUGCAUACAUCUUGAGAGCAAUUAUGUGGUAGAAAUAGAGAUUGUCUUCUUACCCCUGCUGGCUUUUGAAAUGGCAAUUUUGAUUGAUAACAUAAGGAUGUGUAAGGCUUUGGUGCCGAGAGACGAUGGAAGUUUCAGUGGCAGAGCAAUAUGGAAAAGCCUUCCUCACUUUUGGAUUGCAGUAUCCAUGGUCUUCUUUAUUGCUGCUACAAUAUUCACCCUUCUAAAGAUACGUGGUGACUUAGCUUUAGGCUGGUGGGACUUAUUUGUUAACUUCGGCAUUGCACAGUGCUUUGCCUUUCUUGUUUGUACGAAGUGGCACAAUCCAACAAUUCAUGAAAUUUGUCACAUUUCAGAACAUUCAUCAUCAUUUACUGUAAGAUACCUAGACUGUGAUAGAGGGAUAGUUGUUUCCUCAGAUGUAGAAGAUAGCCAGCAAAAUACAUACUGCAAUCUGCAAGACAUUGGAGGGCAUCUUAUGAAGAUUCCUUUCAUUGGUUUUCAACUACUUCUAUUUAUGCAUUUAGCGGAAACACCAACCAGUGCCAAAAAUAUACCAAUGUGGGUCAUUUUUUCUCCACUUUUUUUGUUGCAAGGAGCUGGGGUUCUAUUUGCAUCAUAUAGAUUAGUGGAGAAAAUUGUUCUUUUACUUUAUAGUGGAGAUGUUCCUACUACAUACACAACUAUAGCAUCAAAAGUCCGUGAUUGCUUUGGAUUCUUCCAUCAUGGGUCAAGAUUCCUAGGUUGGUGGUCAAUAGAUGAAGGAAGUAGAGAGGAACUUGCUAGACUUUAUUGUGCUGAUAAUUCUGGAUAUAACACUUUCUCCCCUGAUACGGUGAAAAAUAUGCGUAGAGAAGAUCUUGUUGAGGAGAUAUGGAGACUACAAGCUACACUGAAUACGCAGACAGAAGUUGCAAACUUGAGGCAGGAGAAAUUUGAAAAACUUCAAAAUGAAAAGAUUCUAUGUAGAGUUUGCUUUGAAAAGCAGAUUGAUGUAGUCAUGCUACCUUGCAGGCAUCACAUUCUCUGCAGCACUUGUUGCCAUAAGUGUAUAAGGUGCCCUAUAUGUCGUGUCUCUAUUGAAGAACGAAUAGCCUGUAAAUGAUGCUUAAUUUGGCGAAGGCUCAUUAACUAUCUUGCCUUUGUUUUUAUGAGACUAGCAUUGCGAAAGGGUUAGUGUAUUCUCCACUUAUAGAUCUGAUCAACAUUCAAAGUAGUAUAUAACUUUAUAUAUCUCAAUGUACAUACAAUAUAAUGUAAAGAUAAUUAAAGCAAGAAAUUAGAGUCGUGUGUGUGGGAACAUGUACUGUCGAAACAAUAUCAGAGUAUUAUCCUUUGUUCCUAUCUUAUGAACUUUAAGGUGUAUGAAGUUUCAUUUCCUAUUUGAUAUUUUCAUUUUAGUGGGUAGAUAGAGAAUCCAUUUAACUUAAGUUGAUCUAGGCUAGAAGCAGACCUAUGUCAGGAUAACCCUUCUUUGAAACACUUUGGUAGUGCUCUUAGAUUGUAAUCCAAAUAAAAAAUCAGAGCACAAGGAAUCAUAUCUUUAUUCUUUCUGUCAAGAAAAAAGACAGUGGACUAACUGUUAUUUCUAUCAGUUAAUGAAA